AUGAUAUAGUAGUUUGAUGAAAACAGAAAUGACUUAGAAAAUAUAUAAAGUAAUAAAGAAAAGGAAGUAAAAGACAAUGAAUAAACUAAUAAUAAUCAAAUUAUAAGUGAUUCAUAGUGUAAUGUUGAUGAAAACAAUAGUGAUGUUGAUUCUGAUAUAAUAAAUUAGUAAAAUAAUAAAAAGGAAGAAUAAAAAUAAAACAAUAUUGAAGUAUUUAUUAUUCUUUAAAUUUUUUAGAUAAAUGUGGUCCAUAAAUAUAAUAAGAAUAUUUAGAAAAAAGGUUAUAUUGAAAGUGAUGAAUAUGAUGACACUGAUAUUGAUAAUAAAAAUUUAUAACAACAAUUAAAGUAGAGAUUGAAUUAAGAAAAGAAAAAUAAAAAAGUUACUAGGGAUGAAAAACUCUACGAAUAGAUUUAAAAUCAAAGAAAGAAAAAUAAAUUAUUAGAAAAUUAAAUAUUAAACUUUCCAGAAUGUAGUUUAAUUUAAUGGUUAAGUGGAUUAGAUAUAGAUUUAGAAGAACUUGAAUAUCAUUAAAACUGUUUUGAAAUUAUUGAAUGCGAAUAUUGCUCUAAACAGUAUACUUUCUGUUAAUAGUAAUCUCAUAUGUAAUAAGAACAUAUAGAAUUUUAUUGUUUAAAUUGUGGUCUUUUUGAUCCAAAAAUGACAAAUUAAAAUCAUAGAUUAAGAUGUUUUCAAUUACAUUAAUUUGGAUUAGAUGAUGCUAAAAUUUAAUAAUUAGAUUCUCAAGAGUUAGAAAAUAAUUUUACUCUUAAUUAUGAUUGA